UGUUACCAUUUUAAAGAUAGUCAUUAGUGACAUAAGAAAUUCCAAAAUAAUUUAUAAUACAAAUUUCUCUGUUACAUUUAUAAAGCCACACAGGUGCGUGUUUAUGCAUGUAUUCCUUUCAUACGCUACACGCCUCCUAAAUUUGAAUCAAAAAAGUUCAUAAAGUUGCUGGAGUUUCUGCAAGUGCCUUCCAACUGUUCGACAAAAGGUCUAGCUCAAAACCUUCAUUCUAGUCGAUUUCAUAAAAGAAGAACAGGGAAUGCAGAGAAAUGCGUUUUCAAACCCGGAUAUCUUUUGAAUAUGGAGUUCCAUUUAAGCCAUCCUCAUUUCUCCUUGAUGAGAUUGGAGAUAAGCACACUCAGCUACCUGGUAAUAUUAUUCUCUACAGUUUCUCAAAGUACUUUCAAGGUCAAAACAUAGUUUACCAUUUCAAGUUACAUCUGUUGUGGUCCAAAUGGAACGUUAUGAGUUAGGGAAAUUAUUAGGGCAAGGGAAUUUUGCAAAAGUCUACCAUGGAAGAAACCUUGAAACAGGGAUGAGUGUUGCAGUUAAGGUUAUAAACAAAGAUAAGGUUAUGAAAGUAGGGUUGAUUGAUCAAAUCAAGAGAGAGAUCUCAGUGAUGAAAUUAGUCAAACACCCGAACGUAGUCCAACUCUAUGAAGUCAUGGCUACAAAAACCAAGAUUUACUUCAUUCUAGAAUACCUAAAAGGAGGUGAACUCUAUGAUAAGGUGGCUACAGGGAGGCUAAAAGAGGCCACUGCAAGAAAAUACUUUCAACAACUCAUCACAGCCAUCAAUUUCUGCCAUAACCAAGGAGUUUACCACAGGGAUUUGAAGCCUGAGAAUUUAUUAUUAGAUGAAGAUGGGAAUCUGAAAGUUUCAGAUUUUGGAUUAAGUGCUUUGGUUGAUACCAAAUGGGAAGAAGAUGGUUUGCUUCACACAAGUUGUGGCACACCCGCCUACGUGGCACCUGAAGUAAUUUACCAAAAAGGGUAUGAUGGGGAAAAAGCCGAUAUUUGGUCUUGUGGGGUGAUCUUGUUUGUGCUUUUGUCUGGUUUUCUUCCGUUUCAAGAUUCAAAUCUCAUGGUGAUGUAUAGAAAGAUUACAAGGGCGGAAUUCAAGUUCCCAAAUUGGUUCCCUUCUGAAGCGCGAAAGUUAGUGUCAAAAAUCUUGGAUCCAAACCCUAAAACCAGGAUUUCCAUUGCAAAGAUCAUGGAAAAUUCGUGGUUUAAAAAGGGUUUUGUUUCUGAGGGCUCUUUUGGAGAGACAAUCAAGGACUUAAGAUAUCUGGGAAAACCAGAUAACUUGAAUGCAUUUGAUAUCAUUUCCUUGUCACCGGGAUUUGACUUGUCAGGAUUGUUCAAUGAUGAUGCCAUAGAUGAGAAGGAAGUGAAAUUCAUGUCGAAAAUAUCGUUUGUUACCAUAGUUUUGAAAUUGGAAGAAAUAGCCAAGAUUUCAAUGUUGAAAGUGAUGAAAAAUGAUGGUGGGUUACUAAAAAUGGAAGGGUUAAAAGAUGGCAAAAAUGGUGUUUUAGACAUUAAUUUUGAAAUAUUCGAGAUCGCACAUGAUGUUCAUAUCAUUGUGGCGAAAAGAUUGGGAGGUAAUAAGUUUGAGUUUUGGGAGAUUGUGAAUGAGCAUAUAAAGCCGGCCCUUGUGGAUAUCUGACAAUAUAUGAAAAGAGUAUUUACGUCUUUUAUACUAACAAAAUAUCGAGAACGAGUCUGUGUUCCAUCUUUUUUGAUGUUAUAUUAAUUCUGCUAAAAUUUAUCGUUUAAGAAAAAAAACCAAAUCAAAUUAAAUAUAGAUCCAAAAC